ACUUUGUAAACAACUGUCAACACGCACAUCACAGUUAUGUCAACAUUCAUACAUUCAUUUUCAAUAGCCAACAAUGGUCAUUUCAUUUGAAUAUAAAAUUUAAAUUUCUCAAGCAGUUCCAUUUUCAACUGAGAUUGCAUCUGUGGAGCAAAUGAACCACACAACCAGUUUCGGACCACACAAGUUUAAAUGUACUUAAGUGACGGUUACAAAGAUGAAAAACGAAUCAGAAACGGAUUAUGCAGGAAAUAGGAACAUUUUUAAAUAUGAAACAACUAUUAUUGUAAACUGUAUUCUGAAUGCCCUUUUCAUGCUAUCAACCGUUCUUGGAAACAGCCUUGUGUUAGCUGCCAUUUUAAGGACGCCUUCGCUUCGUUCAUCGUCCAUAACUUUCCUCUGCAGUUUGGCUGUAUCAGACCUUUUUGUUGGACUUGUUGUACAACCGGUAUACAUUGCUUAUCAACUAACGGAAAGUGCCACCGUGUUCCAGAUACUCUCCAUUGUGGCCGGUUCUGGAUGUGGUUUUUCCCUACUUUUAAUGACCACCAUAACUGUAGACCGGUUCUUGGCCCUCCAUUAUCACAUGCAAUACCCGAAUUUAAUGACUUCACAUCGCGCGUUAUAUACAUCAGUGACUCUUUGGAUCGUCAGCCUCCUGUUAUCACUAUGUUCGUUUUGGAAAAUGGAAGCUUAUCACUUCGCUGCAGCUGUCAGUAUUGCCAUUUGCCUGCUUCUUUCUUCUGCCUAUUACGUGCGAAUCUAUCGGAUUGCUAAAAAGCAUCAGUUACAAAUUCACGUUCAGCAGAUAGCUGUGGAAAACCAUGCUGGAAAUAUUAAUCAAACUGUACUGCGAUCGACCAAGAGUGCCAAAAACACUUUUAUAUAUUACAUCGCAAUGGUUUUGUGUUACACCCCAUUGUUUACUUCCAUGUCAGCGUUAGCCAUUUCUCCAGAUCGAUGGACAAUCGCUUGGACGUUAGCUGAUACUGCAGCAUUUAUGAACUCCUCAAUCAAUCCAUUUUUGUAUUGCUGGCGGCUUCGCGAGAUUCGAACGGCAGCUGUAAAGACAAUAAGGCAGAUGUUAUGUAGACAAAGGACAACUCACUAACUCUGCGUUAAUAGAGCUUCAAAGCUCUAAAUACUUCGAUCUCCCUUGGGAAAAACAAAUUAUAAUUAGAUUUGUACAAGUCUUUGGUGUUUUUUAUUUCGAUCUUUUAAAACCUGAGUUAACUAGAUGACAGAUGAAUCUCGUGUUAACUGUCAAAUGACUUCUUCCCGUUGCUCCGAUUGCAAACUGUUAUAAAAGUCUAUCAAGAUAAAGGAAAUUAAUUCGAAAACCAUAAGACAUGUAAAUGAUUGCUAUUUUAUUAUAACUGACAGUUUGCUAAGAGUUGAUUCCAAUGAAUAUAUAUGAACACCAGA